AUGUCUGAGGCCAUCUAUGCCAAGCCAGAUAUGACCAAGAAGGUCAAGUUUGACAGAGGUGAGAUGGAGGACAGGAUUGUUGAUAUCUACGUCCGUGCAAACACCCUGAGAGACGGUGAGACCAGCACCAAGACAGAAGAGACAGCAGACACUGCUCCUAAUAAUGGACCAGGAGACCAGCACUCAGAUUCGGCACGGUUAGUUAAGAUGGCCAGCUACAUCAACAAACAAGUGAUUGAUUUAAACGAAGUUACUGAAGAAAACCGGAACAGAGCAACGAGGAGCGUGAAGACUGAGACCCAUCUCUCAGGACCUGAGGAUUCAGGGAGAAGACUCUACAGGAUGGUUGCUGUGAGCUUUGGGAUGCUGUGUGUUCUACAAGUCACGCUCAACAUCUCCCUGAGACCAGUCUGUGCAAAUCAUGAAGAUCAUACCUGUCCUGAAGGCUGGCAGAAGUUUGAAUCCAGUUGUUACUUCAUAUCUACUGAGAAGAAAACCUGGAGGGAGAGCAGACAGGACUGUCUGGAGAGAGGAGCAGACCUGUUCAUCGUAAACAGUGAUAAGGAACAGACAUUCAUCAAUGGGUUUAACGAAGUCCCUGAAGCUUGGAUUGGUCUGACUGACUGUGUUACUGAGGGGACCUGGAAAUGGGUGGACGGCACCACACUGACCACCCCAAGGUAUUGGAUGAGAGGAGAUCCUAGUGGUGGUGUACGUGAGAAUUGUGUUUUGUUCGGUCACAGGUCAUCAGGCCAAGGAACAUGGCAUGACUAUCCGUGUUCAUAUAACAGUUACUGGAUCUGUGAGAUAUAGUUAUCUCUCGCUCUCUCGUAGUUAUCAUGUUGAUGGUCGUGCUGAACGUCAUGAUGCCAACUACAGUGCUUUCAGAAAGGAUUCACACCCUUUGACUUUUUCCACAUUUUGUUGUGUUACAGCAUGAAU